UUUGAAUUCAUUCACAAAAGAACAAUAUUCUCAAGAAAAUUUUCAACUUUUUUAUUUAUUUAAAUGUCUGACGGCAGCAGUGAUUCAGAUGAACCCCAAGAGUGCCCACUAUGUCGCGAGGAUGCACCCAUAGAACUGCCGGCAUACGAGACAUGGCUGCAAUGCGACGUGUGCGAAGAGUGGUACCAUGGAAUUUGCGUCGGAAUAUCGUCUUCUGAAUGCGGCCGCAUUGACAAAUAUCACUGUCACAAGUGCAUUGAGGAGCAUGGGCUCAGCUCAUACAAUGGCCCCGCAUUGCGGCGCUCGGGUCGCAGCCACGCGCCUGUGGACUACACCAAGCUUAAUGAAGGGCAGCCAGCUACAUUCAACCAGUACUUGUUGCGGCUGGAUGGACACGAAUUCCUCGACAACGAGUUUGAGCGUCUGGACGACGGAAGCGAGGUCACGCUGGAGUGGAUUCGAAACCGCGACACAAACAACCCGUUUAUUGUCAAAAGUGCAGCAGGGUUGGGGAUGAGUAUGCCCGAUCCGGCCAUGACUGUCAGUGACAUUGCCAAGGAAAUCGGCGAAGACACAUCGGUGAGCGUCAUGGACGUGCUAACGCAGGAGGAGCUAAGUGGGUGGACACUGGGCGACUGGGCAAAGUACUUUCAUUCUGAGGAUCGCCACAGAGUACUCAACGUUAUUAGCCUUGAGAUAUCUGAAACAUCGCUCGGCGACAGGAUUCAGCGGCCGCGCAUUGUGCACGAGAUUGACCUCAUGGAGAGUUAUUGGCCCUUGUCCAAGCGCAAGCCGGGUAAAUUCCCAAAGGUGAAGACAUACUGCUUGAUGAGCGUGCAGAAUGCAUAUACCGACUUUCAUGUUGAUUUCAGCGGCACUUGGGUCUACUACCACGUUCUUUCCGGCGAAAAGGUAUUUUACCUUGUACCGCCCUCGCCCUCGAACAUGCGCAAGUUUGAGAGCUGGACCAAGUCGCCCGAACAGGCCGUGAGUCUCUUUGCUGGGCACGUCAAGCACUGCUUCGAGGUGCACGUGAAGGCAGGAAACACAUUAUUUAUCCCCGCCGGCUGGAUCCAUGCUGUAUUUACGCCGGUCGACACGGUCGUUAUUGGCGGCAACUUUAUGGUCAUGCAAAGCCUCAAUACGCAUAUCGGCACAUACAAGCUGGAGGCACGCACUCGGGUGCCCACACGGUACCGCUUCCCCUUUUUCAUAAAGUUCUGCCGUUACAUGUCCGAGUUGCUGGCCAAGAAGUGGAGCAAGAUGGACAAGCAAGCCAGGGCUGCGUGGUCGCUGACCGAACUCGAAGGCGCAUUUGUACUGGCCUCGUUUCUUGACGACAAACUGCUAGGCCGCGAGUGUGACUCUGACGAGGCCAAGGCGCUGGGCGACAAGAUGGCAGCCAGAAAGCACGUAAAUAGGCUCCUUGAGCUUGUCGGCACGGAGCUCGGAUCAAGGGUGCUACCGGAAGAAUGGCUCAACCGCGAGUCGCAGUUGCGCGAGGGUUGUCAUUUCAGGUGGAUUCGGCCGGGCAUGCCCCAGGGGUCAUUGUUGCUUGCUGCGCGCCCACGGAGAAACCGGGCUGCCACCGGUGCUGACAAUAACGUUGACAAAUCGAUCAUAAAGAUCCGCAAAAAGGCUGCUGAGCGCACUGAUUCGGCUAAAACGUCGAGGCCAAAGCUGGUGCGCGGGAGACCCAAGAGCAGCGCUUCAGAUACAAUCAACGGCACCAUUAAUACAGCCGAAGCCAACAAUGACAGCCCUGACGGCGAAAAUGUGCUCGCAGCUCUCGGCACUGGCGCCGGCAGAUUGAAGCGCCGGGUCGCAUCUGAUUCGGGAAGUAACAGUGAUGAUGGAACCACAGAUUCCAACAGCGACAGUGAAUCUGGCAGCGGCAGUGAAUGUGACGACAGCCGCUCUGACUCGUCUAUGUCGGAUGGCGAAAACUUUGUUGUCUUGGACAGCGGCGAUGAACGUAGGAAGCCCCGGAAACGCAAAAUGAACCAAGCAAGCAGAAGUCUAACGUCGCUGAGACCUACAAAGCAGUUGCAGCAGGCGGCCAAGCUCACCGGUGCCAAGCAGCGAAUAGCCGAGCGCUUAAAAAUCAAGUUUUAAAAUGUAAUAGAAAGCAGU